AUGGUCACAACUGGAACAGUAUGUAAUCCAGUUGUGGCUAUAGCUAUGACCACAACUAACAAAAUAUACGGAUUCGUGAUCCAGUUUUGGCCAGACUAUAUUAUGCAGUUGGAUAAUUGGAACAUGGAGAUUUUGAACUUCUCCAUCACAUUGCUGGUGCUUGCUGCAUCCGUUAAUGCCUUCUCAUGCCCGGAAGACGGAAGGACAUUCUACUAUGCUGAUAUCUCGACAGGAUGCAGAGUUUACCACUUCUGCAAAAAUCACGAGCUGCAAACGCUAUCCUGUCCACUUGGUGAAGCUUUUGAUUACCAGACAUCAAAAUGUCAGGAUGACACUACCGUCCCGUGCUUUGAAGUUUUCCAUCAUUUGCACAAGCGAGCCGUCCAAGAAGUGCAUACGAUAUCCAUUGAAGCUUUGAAGUCCACCGCUGUAGCACUGUACAGAAAAGUCAGACCAAUGGUUGCAGAAGCUGUGAAGAGUGUGUCCCCAAGCAUUUAUGCCACUAUCGAAACCGACUACUUACCGACUAUUUAUGCCAUCCGGGAUGACGUUUGGCCUAUUGUUAAAGAAAAGGUAUUGCCUCAAGUUCGGAAAUUAGUAGCUUAUGGUAAACGCAUGAGUGGUAAAUUAUUUGAGCGAGUGUACAAGUCUUAUGAGCUUUCGAAUUCCACUCACUUAAGCUUGGUUUCCAUAACCGACAUCGUACAAGAAUUCAACAAAGAUCUUCAACCUGUUUUGAAAAUGGGACGAUACUUCGCAUCCAGACUUAUUCCAUCAACUCGAUCCCGACGCAGCGUAGAUGAGGAUGGACCCGAAGUUGAUCGUCAACGCACCAAAAGACAAGUUCCAGAUGUUCUAAUGGGGUUCCUCGAGCCAGUUGUAAAAGAUGUAUUCAGCUCUAUUGGAAACACGCUACUCGGAAAUGAUAACAGCUUGACCAGUAAGGUACUUCUUCCCAUUUUGUACGAAAUGCUUGAUGAUCCUGAGACCAGGUUUGAUCUUCAAAGGCUCUUCUGGUCACUUAAAUCCGCUUUUUCACCUGUCAUUUCCGACAUGCUCAGUCGCCAAACCUUCUACACCCCAGAAGGCACCAUCAUCAAGAUUCCCAGAGCACUCAUCGACGAUGCUAGAUACAAAUUGGAAAACGAAGUGCAGCCCAUCCUUCGUAAAAUUGGUCAGAAGCACCUUGCAAUGAUUCUCAGGAAGGCUUCAGAAAACGUUCCACUAAUUUUCGAAACACUCGACAGCUUAAAGGAAGUGAAGAAACCUCACAGUGGGGUGUUAAAAGACAGCAUUCUGAAAUUUGUCACGAAACAUGGCUCUUUCCUUCACGAAAUCUCCAGAAAUACCAAGGAAAGCAAAUACGUCAAUUCUUACACCUUCACUGAAAUGAUGAAUGAUUUCAAACCCAUCAAAGUGACCUUGCUGCAAGUGUUUUUGGAAUACUUGAGCAAAUCUCAGAAUUCGUGGUUGAAAAUGUUUUUCAACAGAGAUUCAUUUUUGUACAGAUCAAUUACGGGGAGCCGCCCUGUGUAUGCUAAACCAAGCGAUAAGUUUGGAAAUCCAAAAAUUCCUGAACAAGUCAGACGAUUAUUUCAACAGUGA